AUGGAUGUCCUGCCGAGCGGUAACCUAUUCCGCGAGUUGCAGGACGUGACCGACACUGGAUAUUUCGAGUGGAAGCUGUCCUUGGAGGACUACUGGCAACAGGAUAUAGUUGUCUAA